AUGGAGAAGAAGGAAGGUGAUAAACAUACCACUGAUCAGAAUGCAAGUCAGAACAUCAUGCCAAGAAGAAAUAUAGGAAACCUUGGCAACUUGAAUGCGGAUAUGCAAGUUACCAAUCCACCAGAAGCAGCUGCACUUUUUAAAUUACAUCAAGCACACCAUUUUGGUGAGUUUGAACACUCUUCAGAACAACACUGCAAGCAGGAUCUGUUCCCCAAGUGGCACUUGCCAAUGAAGAUAGCAUCUGUGCUCUCAUUAUUAACAUUUAUUUACACUUCUAUGAGAGAUGUCAUAUAUCCUUUUAUAACCAAAAAGGAAAAUGUUUUCUAUAAAAUUCCUAUCCUUGUCAUAAACAAAGUUUUACCAAUGGUUUCAAUUACCCUUUUAGCACUAGUAUAUUUACCAGGAAUAUUAGCUGCUGGUUUCCAGUUGUACUUUGGCACCAAGUAUAAAAGGUUUCCUCAGUGGCUGGAUAGAUGGAUGUUAUCAAGAAAGCAAUUUGGACUUCUCAGUUUCUUCUUCGCUGCAAUGCAUGCCUGCUAUAGCCUUUGCUAUCCAAUGAGAAGAUCAUACAGAUACAAGCUGCUGAACUGGGCAUUCCAGCAGGUCAAACAAAAAAAAGAAAAUGCCUGGAUUGAACACGAUGUUUGGAGAAUGGAGAUUUAUGUGUCUGUAGGAAUUCUGGGACUUGCUUUGCUGGCCUUGUUGGCAAUAACAUCAAUUCCAUCUGUCAGUCACUCUUUGACCUGGAGAGAAUUCCACUGCAUUCAGAGCAAGAUGGGAUAUUUAGCUCUGCUGCUAUGCACUGUUCACGCACUGGUGUUUGCUUGGAAUAAGUGGGUUGAUGUUAAUCAAUUUAUUUGGUAUACACCACCUUCAUUUAUGGUAGCAGUUUUUCUUCCUAUUGUAGUUCUGCUUUGCAAAUGCAUACUACUCCUUCCAUGUUUUAGGAAAAGGAUAAAAAAGAUCAGAUAUGGUUGGGAAGAUAACACACAAACCAAUCAAACCAGUGUAACUUCCAGACUGUAGCUUAAAUAUGGACAUUUCCUUUCUAUGUAUGAAAAUAUGCUCAAGGCCAUGAAAUGUUCACCUGCUAGCUCUGCUUUCACAUUUUCCAUAGAUGUUUCUUUCUCACUUUUCAUUUCAACUUUAGGAGUGUGGAAUAGUUGAUGCAGUUGAACUUUUUCUAAGACAAAAAGUGGAAACACUAAUUUUACACUCCAGUCUAUUAACUGUUAUGGUAUUUGAUCAUUUCUUUCUUCUGACUCACAAUUUGUAAAAUCCAAGGUCUUCAUUGCCUCAAUCCUGAUUCUUUCAUAGGCAAAAGCAAUCAUAAAGCAUUGUUACAGGUGACCACAAAAAGUCAAUAAAUGAUUAUACC